AUGAGUAUGGCACUGAGACGCUGUGCGCCACGUAUGGUGCGGGCCACCGUUGCCCGGAGGUUUGGUGUCUGUGGGUCUUUGCGGUUGCAGAGCACGCAGGCUGCCAGUGGGGCGUCCGAACGUGUCACUGGGAUAGUCGACUCUGUGGAGCAACUGACUCUCUUGGAGACGUCGCAGUUGAUUGCUGAAUUGAAGACGAGGUUGAACAUCCCUGAGACGGCGUUUGCCGCUGCACCGGGCCAGUUUGUUGGUGGUGGUGCCGCUGGAGGAGCAGUUGGUGCCGGAACAGGGGGCGCUGCGUCUGGAGAGGACGCCAAUGCCUCUGCUGUGCCGAAGGAGGAGGAGCAGACGACGUUCACGGUAAAGCUGGACUCCUUUGACGCGAAGGGCAAGGCGAAGAUCAUCAAGGAGGUAAAGUCGCUGCUUGGGUUGUCCCUCGUGGACGCGAAGAAGUUCGUGGAGGGUGCGCCCAAGACGAUCAAGGAGAACAUCGGGAAGGACGACGCGCAGGGAAUCAAGGACACCUUCGAGAAGCUCGGUGCCAAAGUGUCCCUCGAAUGA